AUGCCCAUAAUCAUCUCAUUCGUUCUUCUCCCAUUGCUACCUUUGGUCAAGUGCUUGGAUGAGGAAACUGUGGAGUUGGCUUUUAUGGGUUUCAAACAUAAGUUCGGUAAAAAUUACGAGUCUAAGGAGGAAGAAGUCAAAAGGAAUGCCAUCUUUCAAGCCAACCUCCAGCACAUCGAGCAAGUCAACGCUAAAGAUCUGUCUUACAAGCUGGGCGUCAAUGAGCAUGCGGACCUCACACACGAGGAGUUCGCCGCUCUGAAACUCAGCACUUUGGAUACGAGUACGAGGAGGGAUGAUGAGUUUGUUGUUGAAGUUAACACUACACAGCUCCCAACCUCGGUGGAUUGGAGAAAUAAGAGUGUAUUAACCCCAGUUAAGGAUCAAGAGUUCUGUGGGAGCUGCUGGGCUUUCUCCGCGAUCGGUGCCCUCGAGGCGCAGUAUGCCAUUGCUACGGGUAAGCUCUUGUCACUCUCCGAGCAGCAGCUUGUGGAUUGCAGUCACAAAUAUGGGACCAAGGGUUGUAGAGGAGGCUACAUGGGGGAUGCUUAUGAGUACAUAAAGUCAGCUGGCAUCGAUCAAGAGUCAACCUACCCUUAUAAAGGUUGGGACGAGCCAUGUCGCCCCCGUGAGAAAAAGGCUGACGGCAUCCCGGCCGGCGAGGUUACCGGCUCUUACAUACUGUAUUGGACUGAGCAGAGCUUGAUGGACGCGCUGGCGUAUGCUCCGGUCUCCGUCACCAUGGAUGCCUCGGGUGCCGAUUUCGGACUUUACGAAUCCGGAGUGUAUUCGUCUACAACCUGUAAUGGAACAGUUAAUCACGCUGUUGUGGCGGUUGGUUAUGGCACCGAAAAUGGAUCAGAUUACUUCAUUUUCAAAAAUUCUUGGGGAUCCUCCUGGGGCAUGGGUGGAUACUUCUAUUUGAAGCGGGGAGUUGGUGGUUUCGGUGAAUGCAACAUUCUCGAGUAUAUGGUUGUUCCGACGCUCAAGUCUCGCUAG